AUGGAGGGCGACGGCUACAGUUGGGGUGCUCGACGUUGCGAGCGUAGGGCCCUUGGUGCCUGUGUGCCAGGCAUUCAAGGGGUUGAUCGAGACCGCCGAGGGUGCAGCGGAAUCCCAGGACAAGCUACAGAGCUACAGAGCUUGGUGUCUCGGUGCGCGUUCCUCACCACCGUCUUGAUCCAGCACGGUCGAGCGGUGGGUUCCCUCGCCCAGGUGCAAAAGCCCAUCCAAGACUUCGUCGUCAUGACCAACGAGCUAGCAGGGUUCGCGGCUAGGCGGGCCAAGGGCGGCAAGUGUAGGGCGUUUUUUAGCCAUCGCCCCGACCUGAGCGCCCUGGCCGACUUCGAGGAGUCCCUCCUACGGGGCAAGUAUGAGGAGGCUGAGCCUCUGUACAUGUUCUCGCUGGCUAUUGACGAGAACGUUUACGGUCCUGACCACCCGGAAGUCGCUAAAGACCUCAACAACUGCGCGGGGUUGUUAAAUAUCGAGGGCAAGUACACUGAGGCCGAGCCGCUGUACGAGCGGUCCCAGGCGAUAUUCGAGACGGUCUUGGGUCCGGAGCAACCUGAUUUGGCAGCUGUCCUCAUCGGCAAGUACGCUGAGGCCGAGUCAAUGUACGAGCGGUCACAGGCCAUACGAGAGAAGGUGCUAGGUCCGGAGCAUCCUGACGUAGCCACAACGCUCAACGACCGGGCGGGGUUGUUGGAGAGCCAGGGCAAGUAUGAGGAGGCUGAGCCUCUGUACAGGCGAUCGCUGGCUAUCGACGAGACCGUUUACGGUCCUUACCACCCGUCAGUCGCUAGAGACCUCAACAACUGGGCGGGGUUGUUGCAGAAUCAUGGCAAGUACACCGAGGCCGAGCCACUGUAUGAGUGAGCACAAGCGUUGCGAGAGGUGCUAGGUCCGGAGCAUCCUGACGUGGCGGCAACGCUCAACGACCGGGCGGGGGUGUUUGAGAGGCAGGGCAAGUAUGAGGAGGCUGAGCCUCUGUGCAGGCGAUCGCUGGCUGUCGAUGAGAAAGUAUACGGUCUUGACCACCCGGAAGUCGCUACAGACCUCAACAACUGGGCGGGGUUGUUGUACGCCCAGGCUGGUUGGACCAACUCUAGCCCACUGGUGGUGUGUGCUACACGUUUUGUAUCUGGUGGAUUCAAGUGAGUUACCCCAAGUCCUGAGAUGUGCGGUGUGCUCACUGGAAGAAGAUUGUGUUCCCUACAACCUCAACCGUCCACAGGAGAACUACGCGGAGACUAUACCACUAUUUCAGAGGGCCCUCUCAAUCUUUACAAAUCAGCUUGGGGACAACCACCCAAACACGGUCAACACUCCGAACCGCCUGGAAGUUGUGCGAGCAAUAGUUCGUGCACGUGCACAGUUGGGAGGUCUUUAGGCAAAGGUCAUGCACGACGCAUGACGUGGAGGCCUGGCACUACGGAAAAACUCUUCGUUCGGUGUUGCUGGCGUGAGGACGAGAUUGACGCAGCUGCCUACGGCGACAGCGGUCGGUUACUGCAGGCGCGAUGAACGAGACAGGGGCGAAGCUCCUAUGUAUGGCCAAAUUGCGUCAAGUGCAUGAGGCGUCGUGAGUCUAGCUCACGUCCACGGUGACUGGUGUAGAACAGGUAUUGCAAUCCUCGUUGUUGGAACUGAUGGUCCAUCGAUGGUUAUUUCUUUUUCGCUUCUGUCUUCGUGACCAGCGCUUCCUUUGCUUGGUACAUGGAGGACGCAUAUACUUUUCGUACUAGUUUCUCCGUAUGUAGGGGGCAUUCUUUUCCAAGGGCGGUGUGUCACGUGGUUGUGAGGCAACGUGGUGAAAACACAACCAUGCGUUGAAGAUAUGAGUAGGUUCCAGUUGUACAUUGCGCUAUCAUAACCCAAUGCCUUGU